AUGAAGCGCACGAAAUCUCUCCAAAAAGGUUCCUUCCCACAACCAGAGACUCUCUCUCGACUCACACAAGACAUCCUUGAAGCGCAAGCAUCUGUCAGCCAGAUGAUACGCGACGAGAAACUCAGUGUACAAAAAGACAGCGCACGGCUACUUUCAUUUGCCAUCCGAGACACAGAUACAAAAACCUUGGAGGUCGACUGGGAAGACUACCUAUCCGCAUUCACCACGAACGACAACCUCAAACUAGAGAGGCCGCUUCUCAGUAGUGCGGACACGGAAACGCUGGCCCGUCCUAAGCGACCAGUACCAAGUCAUGAGCGUGAAUUGGACCUGGCAAGCGAAUAUGUCUGUAGACUUGGUGAAGCCGAUCUCCCUGACGGCCUACGAGACAGCGUAGAGAAAGUGAUGACAAAAGUCAAAAGCGAAAAGCUUCACUGUUCCAAGGAGUCACUUAGACUGAUUCAAAAGAUUACGGGCUCGACAGGCUUUUCUCCCCAGGAUCUACAUGAGCUAUGGGAUACUGUGAAGGUCGAGGCGGACAUUGUUCCCAAGAGCUGGCCUGUUCCACAAAAACCAUCCAACGAUCACCCCAUUACCAUCUCGAGUCAACUCACAGCACAAGUUCCACAAUAUAGCAGCCCCCAUCAUACACCACCCAUCCUCUUUCUCUCGACAGCACUCCUCAAGAGCCACCUUCGACUAGUUCAAAGCCUUGAAAGGGCAGAAGAACGCCCCGUCAUCAUCUAUAGGGACUACGAUAACAGCUCCCAGCAGACAUCCAAGCCCGCACCCACUCAGACAAACCAAUCCAUCCCCCCAAAAGAAGCAGACAUCAUCAUUUCUCCUUCAACCAGCAUAAUCCUCACCACCUCGCAAGCAACCACCCAACGAUACCUCCCAGGCCACAGACUACACCUUCACAUCACCAGCAGUAGCAACAACAACAACAACGGCAUCAAAGAAACCAUCAACUCCCCACUCCGCGAACAAAUCUUCCUCCUCGCACCGCGCUACGAACAGAUCUACGUCCUCAUCACCCACACCACACCCCCACCCGCACAAAAUACAAACCCCAACCACAACCACCAGCCAUGGACAGCCGACGAGCAAAUACUAUCCAACCUGACGUCCCUAGCAGCAUUUUGCGCAUCCCUAGCACCGCACGUCACGGUGCAGCCGUUGAUUCUCCCAUCGGGGGCGGAAACCGCCGCACGGUGGGUACUGGCUCUGGCCAAGAAACACGCCAUUGCGCUCCCAGAGGGCAAUCAGGGUCUGGACAGCGUGGAAGAGACGUGUUGGGAGGUUUUUCUACGUCGCGUUGGGUUGAAUCCUUAUGCAGCGAGGGCUUUGUUGGGUGCGUUGAAGGCGGAUUCUGGUACUGAUGGGGGAGGCGAGCUCUCGGGGUUAUGGGGGUUAUGGGGGAUGUGGUCAGAGCCAAACAGACGGGUCUUACGUGAAUUGAUAGGCGAGAGGGUCUUUCAUCGGAUGGAGGGGAUACUCGAGAAGGACUGGCAGUGCGACUGGGCGUUGAAUUUCGGGGAUGAUCAGACGUGA